CAUAGGCUGCGACGCGCUCCGGCAUGUGUUGUGAUUCGGCUGAAGGACGGUUUGUGUUUUAAGAAUUUGUUUUAUGUUUAAAUCCAUAGAAACCGUUCAGUGUAAAAUCACAGAAAAACUCCUGGUGAAGCAACUUAAAUCCACGUGACGCACUAUUAUAAAGAUGGCGUUUAUUAAAGAGGAGAGUGAAAACCUGAAGAUUGAAGAAGCAUUCAGAGCCAAAAAUAAGGAUACUGAGGAACAAACAGCUUCUGUCACUUUUAGUUGCUCCCAGACUGAAAAGACUUCCUCACGGAAAAGGGCUAAAAAGUCAGGAAUUAAAAGUCAUUUCACCUGCCAACAGUUUGAAACGCGUUUCAACCAAAAUGAAAAGCUUAAGGUCCACACGAGAGUUCACUCUGGAGAGAAGCCUCGUACCUGCCAACACUGUGGAAGGCAUUUAUCUAAAAAAGAAAGCCUUAAAAGACACAUGAGAGUUCACACUGGAGAGAAGCCUUACACGUGCCUUCAGUGUGGAAGGUGUUUCAGUUUUAAAGGAAACCUUAAAGUUCACAUGAGAAUUCACACUGGAGAGUGCCCUUUCAUCUGCCAACAGUGUGGAAACAGAUUCAGUCUUAAGGGGAGCCUUAAAAAGCACAUGAGAGUUCACACUGGAGAGAAACCUUACACAUGCUCUCAAUGUGGAAAGACUUUUGCUCAGAAUGAAAGCCUGAACAGACAUAUUAGAAUUCACACUGGGGAGAAACCUUACACGUGCUCUCAAUGCGGAAAGACGUUUGCUCAAAACGUAACUCUUAGCAGACACAUGAGAAUACACAAUGGAGAGAAGCCUUACACAUGCCUUCAGUGUGGAAGGAGUUUCACUCAAAUUGGAAAUCUCAAAGUCCACAUAAACGUUCACACUGGAGAUAAGCCUUUCACCUGCCAACAGUGUGGAAGAAGUUUCUGCCAUAAAGGAAACCUUAAUUCCCACAUGACAGUUCACUCUGGAGAGAGCCUUUUCACCUGCCAACAAUGUGGAACAAGUUUCACUCAAAAAGGAAGCUUUAACAGACACAUUGUAAUUCACACUAGAGAGAAGCAUUUUACCUGCCUACAGUGUGGAAGGAGUUUUGAUCGACAUGAAAACUUUAAAGCCCACAUGAGACUUCACUCUGGAGAGAAAUCCUACAUGUGCACUCAAUGUGGAAAGAGUUUCAAGCAAAAAGGACCCUUUAAAUACCACAUGAGAAUUCACUCUGUAGAGACGUCCUACACAUGCCCUCAGUGUGGAAAGAGUUUCAGUCAAAAACGACACUUUAAAGACCACAUAAGAAUUCACACAGGAGAGAAACCUUUCACAUGCCAACAAUGUGGAAAAAGUUUCAACCGAAAAGGAACUCUUAACAGGCACAUGAGAGUUCACACUGGAGAGAAGCCGUUUACAUGUGGUCACUGUGGAAAAAGUUAUAGAUAUAAAAGAGCCCUUAAGUGCCACAUGAGAAUUCAUGUAUGAGAGAACUGUUUUUGUAUGUUGUGUGGAAUUAAUUUCACAGAUGGGAAACACUUCAUGUUUGGAGACUGUAUAAUGCGCUGAUUAUUGUUACAGUACUAAAUCACCUUAGAGUGCUAAAUUCCGUAUUCAUUUCCAGUGACUAUGAGAGGAGUAAAGAAGCCAGUCAUGAAUUAGAUUAAUUGUAUUGAUUAGUCUAAUGAAGAAUGAACUAGUUACAGAUUUAUACUUCAGUUGACGUAAAAUUGUAUCAAAUAAAAUGCAUAAAACAGUGUAUGCGUGCACAAAAUAAUAAACGAUAACAGAAAAAGGCUUAUGAUUCAAAACAUACAGUGCAAGGCCAGGGCUUUCAACAGGGCUUUUUGGGCUAAAAGCCUAGGACCUGUAGCACCAAGCCCAAAAUCAUGCUGCGUUUCCACCGUGGUGCCAGAAGCUCCACAGCACUUCACUAAAACCUGCUCUUAACACACCUCUCUAGAA